GGCCACAGGGAAAGAACUCUCGAAGCGAACCGAGUGGGUGGACUACAAAAACCGGCCCCUUCCGGUUUUGUAAUUCUAGCAAGAUGGCGGCACCCAGGGCGCCCCUGCACCUGAUGGCGCCAGUAUGGAACCGGGGUACCAGGGGCAUCCAUGGCCUAAGCAAGGCUGUGGCCCCAGAGGGCAGUCAGAGGAAGGGGAGGUCCCUGCUCCAGUUCCUGGCUGACCACUUCUAUGACGUGCAGGCCCUCAGGGAGUACCUGCUCCGAAAGCAGGUAUUGAAGGUGCACCAGAAAAAUCGGCCCUUCACCCACAUCAAGGAGCGCUUUGGUCCCCACGCCGCGGGUGCCUAUUUCAUCCUGAAGCAGGGCGGCGCAGUCAAGUUUCAGGGCAAGGAAUGGAUCCGGCCAAACACCCGCGGCCGCUUCUCUCUUGACUUCCUGACGUUCCCAGAGGUGCCUGUAGAGGCAGUCGAUGCCAGCGGCAGUGCCAUCAACUACCACGGCCUGGACAACCUCCUGGCCCUGAAGGAGCUCCAGUCCCUGUGGCUGCGGCACUGCCCCCACGUGGAUGACUGGUGUCUCAGCCGCCUCCACCCGCUGGCCAACUCAUUGCAGGAACUCUCGCUGGCCGGUUGUCCCCGAAUCUCUGAACGGGGCCUUGCCUGCCUCCACCACCUCCAGAACCUCCGCAGGCUGGACAUCUCCGACCUCCCUGCCGUGUCCAACCCGGGCCUCACGCAGAUCCUGGUGGAAGAGAUGUUGCCCAACUGUGAGGUUCUGGGGGCUGACUGGACCCAGGGCCUCAGGUUGGGGCCAGAGGAGCAGUCUCGGGACACAGCCAGCCCCAUCCCUGCCUAGCCCUCGGCCUGCCCCCCGUCAAGCUGGGCAUCAGUGGGGCCCCGUGGAGGGGCUGACAGUUCUCAGAGCUCUUUCCACAGGCUUCACUGGGUUCCAGCAGCCUCCCAGGCCCAGGGGAGAUGAGCAGCCCUAGGGGAGCCACACUCUAUGCCUCCUCCGGCCCUGUGACUUCCCCACACCUCCUCUCUCGAUUCCCCCACACCCAGUUCCUGCCAUGUCGGGAAACCCUGCUCUUGACUUGUCCCAAGCGUCUUCUCAGCGUAGCCUUGUUUGAAGAUGUUACUGCUCCCUGCCAGGACCCCCUCUGACACAGGGGUGCCACCAGCCCGGUUCCCUGUGGAACACCGCUCAGCUCUCCGCCAGCUCGCCAUCCCUGGACUCCACUUGCUGACGCCUGGCGUGCCCCACGGCCUCCAGUGUUGCCACUUACCCACUCACUGACUCCGCUCCAAAUCCAGCUUUCCUGUUUGCUCUGUGAAAACAGACCAUGGGCCUUUGAAACCGUUUUCCUAGGCCGAGUGACGUGCUGAAGUUUGUCGGUAGAGGGCGCCUGAGAGAGGACAGGAGAAAGGCCUUUGCUUUCGUGUGGGAGCUCUGCGUGCUCCCGGCUGAGCUCUCAAGCCUCCCCAGCAGGUGGUUCCUGAGGUGCCACCCCCAGCAGUCUUAGAGAGCCCCCGCCACUGAGGCACCUCCCUGCGAAGGGCUCUCCCUGCAACCCAGAACAGGGACUUCCAGGAAAUGCUGAGACACCUUAUCUGUGAGUCCCUGAUUUUAGUUCGCUGUUAAACGUCAACAAAUUCUUGACAUUAAACUUGACCUGUUCGAGUUA